AUGACUAAAUUGGAUCGACUAUUAAAACGACCUUAUUUUGAUCGUCUAGAAGAACGAGAAUUACCUGGUGAUUUUCGAUCUCAAGAUCAUCCAUUCGGUUAUGCAUGGAUGUUGUUUCCAUCACCAGAAAGUUUGAUGAUACCGGAUAUUACUUUUUACGAAGGACAAAAGUGGUCCGUUAAAAUGAUUGGUGGUCUCUUUGAAAUUCAUUAUGAACUAACCAACAUCGACUACAAACAACACACAGUGCAUAUCGAUGGUCGAAAUGGUAUCUGUUUGAAUAGAGCAGCCGGAAAUAAAAAAUGGAAUGCUUCUUGGAUAGUCGAUAGUCGUUCGGGAAUAAUUAAACAAAUGCAACUCGAACUUGAUCAUGAAUACGAAUCACCUAAAAGAACUACACACAAAACAAUCAACAAAGUACUCACAAGAGAAGUUGAUGAACAGACGAUUUUUGAUUAUGAAAUUGACGAUAAUGAUCACGAAGAUCUAUAG